UAUCACACUGGCGAAUUAAAAGAAUUUGAGGGUAUUGAGUGUGAGUGGCCACUGUUUUUCAUUGAAAUGAUAAUUGAUGGUGUCUUCAAGAAUAACAAUGAUCAAAUUGAGGAGUAUCAAAAUGAACUGCGAAAGUGUAUGUAUGCCGACACUUAUGGCGAUCCAGUUGUCACCAUGUAUUAUGCACCAGACGGUGAGGGUUCCUAUUUAAAAGCACCCACCCAAACCCUAUUCCUAUGGGGUCAAUCUAUGUUUAUAAUAGCUCAACUAUUGACAGCUGGUCUAUUGCAUAUAAAUGAAUUAGAUCCAAUACGUCGUUAUUUACCCAGUUAUAACAGACCCAGACGAGCCGGUCGUUAUUCAGCAUUUCAGGGAAAAGCCUUCGAUGAAAAACACAACGUAAGUGCUUUUUUAAUGUAUUCUUUUGCAACAAAAAAAAUGAGUUUGUUUUUUUUUAAGAAAUGUUAAAAAUAUUAUAAAAUGUACUCUAUAUACAUACACACACACGCAUAUUUAUCAAAAUUCUGUAGAUCACACAGUUUGGCUUGUCAAAACAUCCUUUAUAGCACCAAGUAGUUGAAUUUUAGUAGUAAAUAAAAUGUAUAUUUUAAACGUAAAUAUCAAACUUAUUUAAAACAUACAUACACACAUAUAUUUUCCAAAUUUAGUUUUAUUUCUUUUUACUA